AACGAUGCUUGGUUUGUUUUCUACUUUGAAAGGGCGUGUGACCCUUGGCGUCAGGGCCACCCAAUUGUUGUUCAGUAUUAUUGUAUUGGGAUGUGGGGCGGCCUUGGCCUCCACCAGUUUCACUUCCGGUAGAGCUGGGCUUUGUAUUGCCACUGCCGUCUUGACCUUGAUAUAUAUCGCUCUCACGGUGAUCCCUAAAGUGUAUCCUCUUUUACCCACCAUUUCGUUGUUGGUAAGUGAGUCGGUUUUGUUCAUUCUCUGGUUGGCAUCGUUUGCAAGCAUUGCUGACGCCCAGUAUGGGUCAAUUUCCUGUGAUAUUGGUGACUAUGGGUACUAUCACUCAAUACUCCACGAUUAUCGGAAGGCUUGUCAUAAUGGAAAGGCGUUGUUGGCGUUUGCCGUUUUGUCGUGGUUGUUGUCGAUUGCGUCGUUGGCAUUGACGAUUCUCUACGUGGUGAUUCCAGCAGCCAAAACCAAGACAUUGGUAGCGGGUGGAAACAAUGUGUUGACGGGAGCCUUGUUCGACAUAGACGUUUCUCCAGCUCUUAAAACCACCAACACUGGGGUUGUCACGGAUGAGGAAAAUAAGGCUGAGAGCGACCAGGAUGUUGUGAAAGAGGCAGAGACAGAGGCUGAAGCUGACGUGCCGGAGCCAACAGUGGCUGAUCCAGAUACCACCGAAGUCGACUUGUCUGCGCCCGCUAAAUCCACGUAGGUGUCUUCGUUUAAUAUGUAAUACAUUAUCGUGAAUAUAUGUGUGAACAGAGGUUGGGCUGCACACGCCCACUCUACCGGGCUCGAUGUUUUUGCAGCAAGACUGCGGAGGA